AACAUUGUUUUCUUCACACUUUCCUAAUUUCAUUUCAGGGUUCACCGUCUCCCUUUCAUUUGCUCUGAAGGAAAUACCCCCAACACCUUCAGUUUGCAGGAGGAUGAAGUUACCAUGGGAUAUCCUAUUAGACAUUCUUAUUCGGCUUCCGUUGAAGUCAAUCGUACGAUUCAGAUUUAAUUUUAAUGUACAUUUUCAGUCUGGUGCAGAAUUUCAGAGAAAUGAGAUUCGAUUUCUGAAAUCAGGGAUUCAGCUUUUUAAGCGUUAUUUUGGCUUCAACCUGCUCUUCUCAGUGCAGUGCUGUUACAAAGGCUUCAGCAAGGAUACCUGCAACUUUCAACAACUCUUGGACCCAUCUCUCCCCAAAGCUUGUUUUUGGACAUCUAAACCCUGUUUAUAUCUCUGGAAUGACCUGUUAUUGUGUAAGCAUUAAUACCCAAUCGCAUAUCCCCAGCAGACAUUGCAAUGAUCUGAACUUGGUUGACGUGUUCUCCAUGAAAAUGACAUUGACAUUUUCUUUUCA